CAUCGUCUUGGAUAUAUUUAGAUGUUUCGCCAACACCCACACACAGAAGGGAAAAAUAUUUUCGUCAUAACAACUUCUCCUUGCCAAGGGAAUACCAGUCUUCUCAGUGUUAAAAACCAGUCUUCUCAGAGUUAAAUGUCAGCCUUUUUAGUGUUAAACAUCAGUCUCUUCAGUGUUAAAUACCAGUCUUUUCAGUGUUAAUUCCAGUCUUCUGUAUUAAAUACCAGUCUUCUCAGUGAUAACUAUUUCAACCAUUUAAACAGGUUAGAAAGAAAAAUGCAUCAGUUGUGAGAGUAGCUUAAGGUCUAUGAAUUAGAGUCAAGAUGGAAUUUGUGCUCAUCAUUUUAUUAUUGGCAUCGGCCAGACUGACAGUGGCCCAGACCUGCCCGGCUGACUGCUACUGUGGCGAGGACCAGGUGGAUUGCUAUGACAGACAACUCGGUGCAAUGCCAGACAACCUUUCGGCAUCUGCAAGAUACUUAAACUUGCAAAAGAAUAACAUCAAAACCGUGGAUGGUUGGAAACUGACAGGCCUUCAGGGUUUGGAGCAUCUGAAUCUUAAAGAGAACCAGGUGGAGGAAUUGCAGCCUGAGAGCUUUCUGAACCUCAGCAGCCUGCGUAAUCUCCAUCUGGAAAACAACAACAUCCAGAACAUAGCGGAUAACGCUUUUGGUGAUCUCCCUGCACUUAAGGUGCUGGAACUAUCCGGCAAUCAGAUCUCGGACAUAUCAGGAACAUUUGAAAACAUCUCAAGUUUAGAAAGACUGAACUUAAACCAGAACAAGCUGACGUCACUGAAAGAUGACAGCUUUAAGGGCGUGAGGGGGCUCACGUACCUGACCCUUGCCCAGAACAAAAUAUCUUUCAUUUCAAAACUAGCAUUUCAAGGCAUGACGAUACUCUCCUAUUUAGUUCUACGAGGCAACCCUCUCAGGAAUGUGGACGGUAUAUUCACCGGUUUGGAGGCAUUGAUGUUUCUAGACGUUUCAUCCUGCCAGCUGAGUCGUGUGCCCGCUGGUCUUCCCUGGCCACUAAUGACACUCAAUUUGUCCAGUAAUGAUCUUCUCAUUCUGGAAUCAAGAGAUCUUGAGGACACCCAGCAUCUUGGAACCAUUAUUUUAGACAACAAUAAGAUAUCUGUCAUACAAGACGGUGCAUUUGACAACAAACCCUACCUUAAGGACAUUCGUUUGAAUGGCAACAAGCUUAAACAGCUGCCCUACGGGAUACCAUCAACUGUUCUCAAAUUUACUGCAGAAAAUAACAACAUUUUACGAAUUUUCGACUUAAAUUUCGCACAUGAUUCCACGAUGAGAGUUUUGUCGCUGAAGAACAAUCAGAUCAACGACCUUGCUGCCUAUACGUUUUCACGCCUGCCAAAUUUGACAGCUCUGUUUCUGGACCAGAAUCAGAUCACGAUCUUGAACAACAUGACAUUCGCUGGACUCCGCCAACUAAACACACUGAACCUGGAGCAGAACCCAAUCAGCAGGAUCGAACGCCGCGCUUUCACCAGCCUACAACGGCUGAACUACCUGAAACUUUCCAGCACGACAAGCAACGCCACUGUGCUCGGAGUGGCCGCAUUUCAGGACUGUCCGUCAUUGAUCAGCUUGGAGCUCAUGGGAAGUCCUUCCAUCGUCAAAAGUAUUCUCAACAGCAAAGAGAACCUCCAUUCUCUACAAGGCCUUAAGGACCUGAACAUUAUGAACAAUGGUUUACAAACUUUAUCCAUGGAUGUUAGGAUGGCUUUGGGUAAUCUGAGGACACUGAAACUAUCCGCUAAUCCCUGGGACUGCGACAGUCAUUUACUAUAUCUGCGAAAGUGGAUGUCAGAAUUCCCAAAGUUGUUUUUUAUGCUUGAAAGUGUUACAUGCGCCAGCCCAGAGAAUCUUAAGGGCAGAUCAGUACUAGACGUGGAUCCUAAAGAAUUUACCAUGGCGACGACCACGGAAGCCUCAACAACAAAGGAGAUCACAAGAGCAAUGACUACAACAAAUGAUGAAAAUAAUGAAGAUUCUUCAAAAGCAGAUCCCCAGGUGGAAAAACCAAGCAGUCCAUCAACAGAGACAAAACUGACCAUGACCCCAAGUAGAUCAUUCAACCAUGUGGAAUCAACUGUGUCAACAUCAUUUUCUCACUCAACGCCAAUCAUGGAAACGACGCGUUUGAUAACCUCUGACAUCCAGCAGACAGUCAGCGUCUCGCCAGCAACGCCGGCGCUGUCCUCUGUGCAAUAUCUAACAACGGAAUACACUUGGGAACAGGUAAAACGUUCGCACUAACCUUUUUUUUUUAUCUUUCAAAAUGUUUAACGACCAGAAAGUAUAAAAACAAACUUGAAAAUACAAACUGGUUUGUCUGUUAACCAUUUAAAAGAAACAUUAAAAGCAAUUGAUAGAAACUAUAGCUUCAUUAAACACUACAAGCAAUUGAUAGAAACUAUAGCUUCAUUAAACACUACAAGCAAUUGAUAGAAACUAUAGCUUCAUUAAACACUACAAGCAAUUGAUAGAAACUAUAGCUUCAUUAAACACUACAAGCAAUUGAUAGAAACUAUAGCUUCAUUAAACACUACAAGCAAUUGAUAGAAACUAUAGCUUCAUUAAACACUACAAGCAAUUGAUAGAAACUAUAGCUUCAUUAAACACUACAAGCAAUUGAUAGAAACUAUAGCUUCAUUAAACACUACAAGCAAUUAAUAGAAACUAUAGCUUCAUUAAACACUACAAGCAAUUGAUAGAAACUAUAGCUUCAUUAAACACUACAAGCAAUUGAUAGAAACUAUAGCUUCAUUAAAGCCAAGGUGUUAGUUUGUCAAGUUAUUAGCUUAACAUUUGCUGGGUCAUUUUAUGGUGUUUUUAAGUACAUGCAAAAAUAAAGAACUGGACUGUAUGUAAGUAAGUAUGUAAGUAAGUAGGUAAGUAGUUAGGAAGUAUGUAAGUAAGUAGGUAAGUAUUUGCCAAUUCACUGGACUGUAUGUAAGUAAGCAGGUAAGCAUGUACCGAUUCACUGGACUGUAUGUAAGUAAGUAUGUACCAAGUCAUCUCAUAGAGUAAUGUAAAAAAUGGGGGGAAAAAAGUCAUGGCUACUGGAAACAUUUAAGAAAAGGAAGGAGGGAGGACUACAUUCAGACUAAAGUGCUUUAACAAAGUACAUGGAUAAAGUGCUUUAACACAGUACAUGGAUAAAGCGCUUUAACAAAUUACAUGGAUAAAGUGCUUUAACAAAGUACAUGGAUAAAGUGCUUUAACAAAGCACAGUGAUAAAGUGCUUUAACAAAGUACAUGGAUAACGUGCUUUAACUAAGUACCGAAAUAAAGUGGGGCUAAACAAUACAACAAAUAUGUUGGUCGAGAAUUUUCACUGAAAAUUUCAGCUACAAAAAAUUAAUAUAUUUUGGGAGACAUAACAGCAGCAUUUUCAAGCAACCCCCACUACAAGCCCCCUCCAUUACUACUCCACUUAUUGUCAUUAAAUUUUUAAACUGACUUCAGUGAAUGCAUGUCUGUAAUAUUCAUUUGACCCCCACACAUGUCUAUGAUAAUGAUUUCAGGCCCAUACACUGAUUCAAGAGACAGUGAGUACUGCCAUGAUCACUCAAACUUAUUCCACACCAGAGUACGGUUUAACAUCAGACAGUGAUGAGUUCAAACAAACAACCAGAGAGUCGAGGUGAGCCAAAAUUUGAAUAUCUCCAAAAAUCUUAAUGAACAAAUUAGGACAGAAUAAUAAAACCCUGGUUUAGUUAGUAAAACACAGGAUUAGCACAAUGCAGGUUUUAAUGUCCAGUGCAAAUGAAAGACUUUGAAAAGAUAUCCUUUUUAAAGGCAAGCGCUAUUCAAACCCAUUUAAAAGAGCUCAGAAAAUAGAAAAAUAAAGAAAGAAAAGAGAAAAAAAGGAGCUCCUAAACAUUUAUUCAAAAAACUCUUUUAAAAAAUUGUCAAAAUAAUUCCAUGUGUCUCUACAGUCUUCUCUUAAAAAGUAAUCACACGACCAACUUAUGUAAAAGGUUCUUUCUUGCUAGAUCACCCAAAACAUAAAAUAAAAACCACUUUUUCCCCCAGUACUGAAGAACCUGAGAUGCCAUCAAGCAGCGUGCUGGUAACAGAAGGAGAAAGAGUUUCCCAGAAUGAGACCUCUGUCAACAACAGUGACAUUUCCCACAGCUACAACACCCCUUCCUACGACAGAAGUAGACCACGGCUCAAUGGAGAGGACAACCGCCUACCCACCUUCAUGAUUGGUGGCAAGAUGCAAGCUGUAAUCAUUGGGGUCUCAGUGUCUCUGCUCUCCCUGAUAGCAGGCCUCAUCAUUGCUGUCCUUGUGGUUAGAUACAAACGCAGACAGAAAAAGCUCUCGUUGGUAGGCUCGAGUCAACCUGCUAUGAAGAAUGCCCACGAGACCUCAGAUACAGUCUUCAUUAUAAGUCACAUGGCAGAUGAGCCGAUGAGAGACGUGAAAAUUGAACCUCGGAAGGUAGAAAUUGACAACGAUGAUUUCCUAUCUACAAGUCCUGUGGACAGAAAGUCAAGCGCCUCUUCCUCAUCCCAGUCAUCAUCUAGAAAAGGCUCCAGAUGCAAGAGGCAGUGGUCAUCAGCUUCAUCCAGUUCAAGGACAAGUUUUGACUGCAUUCAGGGUCAAACAGAUGAUGACUCUGAGCUGCUGAUGCAUGCAUGGAAAUAAUCCAAUCCAAGGGGAGAUGAUCUGAGUCACUGGACUCUUCCAGUCAAUCACCAAAAAUUCUUAGGACUCCAGAUUUAAUUUAGAAUUAUAACAUUUUGUGUGCUUGACCAUGAAUAAUGUGUUCUGAGUUCAGAGACUGCGAUAUAUUGGGUUAUACUAUGGGCCAGGACAAACCUACCACCAGUGGCUUUGAAAUGGUCUUCAUCGUUAAAGUCGAUAAAGCUAACCAAAAAGUCCAGAUUUUAACAAACUGAGACAUUCGCCUCACCCCAUUUGAGAGGUUGCAGGUUUAGACUAACCGCUUGUGUAUGUUAUCUGACUCAAGAAGACCACAGAAUGAAUUUUUAACAGAUAAUGCAUUGUCCAACACAGACAAAGAUUAUAAAUAUCCCUUAUUCAUGUAUUCAUGUGAUUGUAAGUAAUUCUUUCUUGAGAUUUGUGCCACCAGCUUUGUACUGUGGAUCUCAUAUUUGUGCUACAACAAGACAGACUCAACAGCCAAGAACUUACUGCUCUCAAUACAAUUAGAGGAUGGGCAAACAUAACAGCCCGAGAUGUUUAAUCCAGCAAGGCCAAAAUGCCACCACAAAGUGUUUUCAACAGUUCAAGGCUGUUUUAAUAUUAAAAACAAAUUAAAUAGUUAUUUUUUAAAAAUGUUUUAUUUUGUUAAGUAGGUCAGCAAGGAUGACUGAGAAAAUCAGGACUGUCGCGAAAUGCAGUAAAAAGAAAAAAAAUGCCAGCUCUAUAUCGCUCAUUUAAAUUUAUGUCAUGUGCAUUGAUUCUUGUAUACAAAGUCCAGCCUUAGUGGGAAUCCUAAUGUAGCACUUGCUGACUCAGGAGUCCUGCUAAUGUAGCUCUUUCUGAAUGGUUGGACACCCUUGAUUUUGCACCUCAUGUAUGUAGGUUACAAAAAAGUACAUUAUUUCCAUAUUUUUUUCAUGGCAAAAAGGCGGCUUGCUAUUUUGUACAUUUACAUUACUGUUAAACCCCAACUGUUCCAACAAUAAAAAUCAGCUAAGUACUAAGCCCCUGAUUUAAUUUAGAAAGCCCCUUUAAUGCCACCUAUUUCAAUUCUAGCUCACCAAAUUUAUUUUUUUUAAAUGAAUGUUGCAAAAUAAGGACCAUUUUCCAAUUUCAAAUUUAAAUCAAUUUCAUUUUUAGCAAUUUUGAGAUGAAGCACUUUGAAAUGAAUAUUAUAAUUUGAAAUUCCAGGACUGCACAUGUCAUUUCUCAAUACAAAAAAAAAGUAGAAGCUAGAAAAAAAUGUCCGCUUGAAUAUUUAAUACUUUGUAAAUCUCACAGUAAGGCUAACAACAAAUAUAGCUGCAGA